ACCCUGCAAUAACAAACGGAACCCUUCAACCCUAAUCUGUUCUCCAUUUUUCUUCUCCAACGAGUUCCGUAUCCUCCAGCAGCACUGAAAAUGGUUCAGCAACUUUAAGAUGUAAAAUCGUUUCGAGCUAUACUAUUUCAUACGCCAAAUAGGUCCAUCAGUUUUACUGAGAAUGAGGCUACAACAGUGGAAGCAUUUCAAUUCUUUGAGGCAAUAUCGAGCAUUUGUGCCAUUUAAUGGUUGCCGAUCUCGUAGUGAUCGUAUGAAUGGGGUUUAUGCAUUUUGCACUGCUGCUGAAUCCAUAAAGGCGAAUGACUCCUUGUCUGUAGACGAGUCUCCCGAGCUGCCUGAUUGGGUUAAAUCUUCCGACAACGACACAAUUGCUAAAAGGAAAACAGACGAUGAUUUUGUGCCCCCUUCAAUAUCUUAUUGGAUCGAAAACCACAAGAUUCAGAGUGAUGUUGAAAACAUUGAUAUAAAAUCCGCGGUGAAUGAUAUCGUCGAGAGUGAUGUUGAUAAGGUUAGUAAGAUUCUCAACGGCCGGUUCGAAUCCCCUGAUUUGGUGGUGAAAGCGUUGGAAGAUUGUGAUGUUGAUGUGUCCGACGGUUUGAUCGAGCAAGUUUUACGGCGAUUCAGCUGUCAGUGGUGUCCGGGGUUUGGGUUCUUUAAAUGGGCCGAGUUACAGCGAGCAGGGAAGAAACAUUCACCGGAAUUGUACAAUUUAAUGAUCGAUAAUUUGGGUAAAGCUAAGAAAUUUGAUGUCAUUUGGGAACUUGUCGAAGAUAUGAAGAAUUUCGAAGGGUACGUCUCAUUGGACACGAUGACGAGAAUCAUGAGACGUCUUGCUAAGGCUGGUCGAUAUUCCGAGGUGAUAAAUACAUUCGAAAAACUCGAGUCAUUUGGCGUCGAGAGAGAUAUAUCAGCUUUUCAUAUAUGGAUCGACGCGUUGGUGAAAGAAGGAAGCGUCGAGGAUGCGGAAAGAUUAUUCUCCGAUUACAAGGAUCGUAUUCCGCCGACGCUGCGCACGUACAACAUUUUAGUACACGGCUGGUGCAAAAUCCGGCAGAUCGACAAAGCCAAAGCGAUUGUCAACAAGAUGAAGGAGGAACACGGAUUUCAGCCUGAUAUGAUAACGUACACAUCUUUCAUCGAAGCGUACUGUCGAGAAAAGGAUUUCUACAAAGCUAAUGCGACAUUGGCCGAAAUGCGGGAGAACGGCUGUCGUCCGAGCGUCGUGACGUACACUAUAAUGAUGAACGCAUUGGCGAAAGCGAAGGAAAUAAACAAAGCUGUGAAAAUUUACGAGGAGAUGAAGGAGAACAAUUGCUCGCCCGACACGGCUUUUUAUAACGUUUUCAUUACGGCUCUGAGCAUCGCCGGCAGGCAGAAAGACGCGGAUUCGGUGUUCGACGAUAUGUCGAAGCAGGGAAUUAUUCCCGACGUGCGCACGUACAACACGCUGAUUUUCAUCGCGGCACACGAUUUGCAAGAAGAGAAGGCUCUGAAAUUGCUCAAGAAAAUCGAGGAGAGACGGAUCAAGCCCGAUAUCAACACUUACAUCCCGUUGCUGAAAAUGUGUUGCAAUUUGAAUCGAAUGAAAGUUCUUUCGUUCUUGCUGAGCCAUCUCUUCGCCAACAACAUCAGUCUUGAUUACGGUACGUAUUCUCUCCUCGUUAGUCGCCUGUCUAGGAACGGGAACCUGGAUCGAGCGUGUUUUUAUUUUAAGGAAUUGGUGGAAAAGGGAUUCGUUCCUACGGACUCCAUUUACGAUAAUCUUGUCAAAGAGCUCGAGAAAAAUGGCAUGAGCAAAGAGAAGCAGGAAAUCGAAGAACUUAUCGCGUCAAAGAACUUUGUCCGGAUGGCGCCGGAGCCUGUCAAGAAGAGCAAGAAAUCAAAAUCGAAGAACCGGACAACAACGGAGUUUUAGCUAGAGGUAAUUCGAAACUUGGUAACUUGAUUUGUUCGUUGCAUUAUUUGGAUAAACGUAUUUUUUAAAUCCCAUAUAAGACACCUAUUAUCAUUUUCGUUCUUUAAAUAAAGCUCUGAAAAAAAUAGUUUUAUAUCUAACAUGCGGUUACUGAAAUUUGAAUUUACGUCAAUAUUUGAUGUUA